GACGCUGACUAAUCCAGGAAGAAGCCGUAGUGGUACAUGAUUGACGUUUGUCAAAGCCAAUAGAAAUUCAGUAUGAGCACUUUGGGACCGCCGUUGAACAAAAUUAGCCAAUCACGUUUCAGGAUCGACACUUCCGCUGCAGAGACUGAGCAUGUUCAUUGUACGAACUGUUCGGAAAGAGUACCGCGAUUGUGGAGGCGCAGUCGGGAAAAAAGCUUUCAUUUCUGCGAAGCCGUUUGAUUCAUUGAAGCCGGUUGUGGCGUUUUGCCUCGGAUUUAGAUGAGACUGCAGUCGUCGGAGGUACUGACGGGCUGUUAGUGGUCUGUUUUUUUCGUUAGCGGGAGUCACUUUGCAGUCCUGCUAGCACUGGCUCCUGCUAACGUUAGCGGAUGCUAAUUUAGUGUCGUGAGUUUGACUAAGGUGCGCAGAAAUGUCACUCUGACGGGAGGUCACUUCGCUUGGUUAGAAUACGAUAAAACACGGAUUAAAAAGGAAAAAAAAUCCACAGCGACUGUUACCUGACGAAGUUGCCACUUAGCCCGAGUUAGCUACCGGGUUGUCUGUCACAAAAGGGCACCGCGUUAAGAGGAGCGCUGCACCAAACGCUGGCUGCGUGUGCUGACUUUGGGCCGCUGGAUCUGUUGUGCGGAGCCUGCUGAGAGUGCAGAAUGAAUGGGUUCAGCACAGAGGAGGACAGCCACGACGGGCCCCCGGCUCCGCCGUUUUACGGACAGAGCUGCUGUCUGAUCGAGGACGGGGAGCGCUGCGGCCGCUCCGCCGGGAACGCCUCCUUCAGCAAGAGAAUCCAGAAGAGCAUAUCGCAGAAGAAGCUCAAACUAGACAUCGACAAGAGCGUACGACACCUCUACAUCUGCGACUUCCACAAGAACUUUAUUCAGAGUGUCCGCAAUAAAAGGAAGAGGAAGACCAGUGAUGAUGGCGGGGAGUCUCCAGAUCAUGACGUGGAGGUGCCUGAGGUCGACCUUUUCCAGCUGCAGGUCAACACGUUGAGACGUUACAAGCGACACUACAAGCUGCAAACUCGGCCCGGCCUCAACAAGGCCCAGCUGGCAGAGACGGUGAGUCGUCACUUCAGGAAUAUUCCCGUGAACGAGAAGGAGACUCUGACCUAUUUCAUUUACAUGGUGAAGAGCAGCAAGAGCCGUCUGGACCAGAAAGCAGAUGGUACCAAGCCACUGGACUGAACAUCCAAUCAGCAGGCUGCAGUCACUCUCACCAUCAGCAGCAGCCUGUAGGCGACCACAACCGUGUCAUCGAAAGCAACGACUCACAAAAAUGCUCAACACCACUAAAAGCAGCAACCAAAGCAACACACACCCAAGUCCACAUCACAGUUUAUCCUCCUGCAAGACAUUUCCACAUCCUCUCUGCAUAGACAGGUCCUACAGAUUGCUCAGGACCAGGACUCAGUCUGCAAGGUUUCCAAUCACCAUGCUGUAAUCGGUCUAUAACUACAAAACAAAGGGGGGGGCAAUGCGUCCAAUCUCAAGUAACUCCGUUGAAUGCAACGUAUAAUACAACUGCCUUAAGUGUCAAAACAAAACCUGUUUUGGAAUAAUUUGAGUAUUUUUCUUUUCUGAGCUGAAUUAAAAUGUUCACCUUGAGGAAUGCUUGUGCCAAACUAAGAAUCGUGUUGGAAAUGAA